GCUGCUGUGCAGUGCUCGCUGGGGCCCCGCACGCUGCCCACCAGCCGGCCGCUCGGCACCGCUGCCCUCUGGGCCCGCGGGCCCCUCGCGCUCUACUCGCCUGUGCCCGACCGCCGCCUCUUCACGCUCCCCGAGGCCACCGGCGCUCAGGAGAAGAGCCAGGCAGCAACGGGCGCCGUUGCUGAGGAGCAGAAGGCCAAAGAUGACAGCGGGAAGCAAGAGGAGGAGCAGGCGGAGGCUGCCCCGCAGCCCAAGGAGUGGGCAGAGGCGCCGCAGCAGGAGCCUGCGGUCCCCAGGCGGGCGCCUGCCUUCCAGUUCCUGGAGCAGAAGUAUGGCUAUUUCCACUGCAAGGACUGCAAAACUAGAUGGGAGAGUGCCUAUGUCUGGUGCAUUUCUGGAAGCAACAAGGUAUACUUCAAGCAGCUCUGUCGCAAGUGCCAAAAGGGCUUCAAUCCCUAUAGAGUGGAAGCUAUCCAAUGCCAGGCAAUGUGGAUACCUCCCAUAGACCCUCUUCAUAAGCGCAGGGAUCUGGGGAACAACCUUACCAAUGAAAACCAGGACAAAAAGUAA